AUGGGAAAAUACGAGUUCCGGCCCGAUAAACCAUCGAAAACUGUUAACAAUCACACAACCGAGAUACCGGCUGUGGAAACCUUCCCUGAACCGUUCAUAUCACUUACUGGAAAUGAAAUUAAUGUUCAACUAAUCAUCUUCUCAUUGAAACCAAUUGUUAAUGUUUUCUUUUACUUAAAUGAUUCAAAGAAUAAUGUAAAUAAUAUUCGAAUUCAACGACAAUAUCAAGUCGAGGAUAAGCUACUGGCAACUGGAAGUUUGCUCAAAAACAUUUGGAGCCAGACUGAUCCUCAACCUCCAAUUUUGUCAAUUGAUCGGGCCGAGUGUUAUGUGUUGAAAAUCAACUUCACUCAAAAUCCUUCGUCUUUUUACAAUUCCACCAAUCAAGUGCAAAACGAUGAAAUCAAAUGUGUGACGAAAGUUUUGGUCAACGAUGCGUUCGUUGCGGCUUUUGUGAAUGAAUCGAAGGAUACGCGAACUGAAUUGGUGACUCAAGGUGAAAUGGCACCAAAUCUGCCAGUCGAAAAUGUCGUGAAAAUCUUCGAAGAAUCAAAUCGAGAUUUCAAAUAUUCACUGCCUGACUUUGUGCCUGCAAAAUGGCUUGGAGAAACGGUGACUUUCGAAAGGAAUUUUGAUAUGUCGAUUUGCGUAUGGGAUAUUGUGCCAUUGAAAAAUGAAAAUUUCACGAUUAGCUUGAGUCGUUUACCCUUCAAUACACCGGUUGACAAGAAUUUAUCGUUUGUUUUUGAGUUUCCUCUGGAUCAGGGUCAAUAUGGGAAGAUUCAUUUCUACGAGAAAUCAAAUGGCUGCGAAACCCCGUUUGAUGUUGUUUUUAUGGAAGGACUUCGUGAGAAGAAAAGCGCUUGUUUCCGUUUAAGAUAUGUAGCCAAGACGAACGUCUGGUCUUGGGAUAUUGGAAAACAUUCGACAAUAGCCUAUACAAUGCAAAUAAAACCAAAGCCUUAUCAUAUAUCAUUCCGUGGGAAAUUUGAUGGAAAUGCGAUGACAAAAGUUGCUCUAAAGUACACCGCGAAUAAAGUGACAGCGGCUUCACCGAACGAGCCGAUCUUCACUAAACCCGAUCCGCUAGAUGAGGUUUAUCGGAAAGAAUUUGAUGAUUUCACGAAAAAUGCCAACAUCACUGUA